AGUUAAAAGAGCAUUGAAGUUGGACACUGUUAAAAGAGAUAAUCCACCUGAUGCAACAUCUUUGAAGAUCAAAAAGAAAGAUCUAAGCUCUUACUCACCGACGACAGGAACACGCCAAAUAAGUCCAUUUUCAUCUCCCAUGAGUCAUAAUGCACAAAAUCUUGGAAAUCACCCGUCAAAUGGAGAUGGAACAGAGCAGGAUGAUUCCAAAAGCACAUUACCCAGAAGAGGGCAGCCUCAAACAGAGGAGGACGCGUUCACAGAAUUGCAGUCCAAAGUGAAAAGUUCAUUGGUUAGAAUUCUGAAAAUAAGAGCAAAUCUGACAAGCCUACAGGCUUUAGAGGGCAGCAGAGAGCUUGAGAAUAUUAUUGGUGUCUCCGACUCUUCUUGCGUCUUGAGUGCUGAACUGCAGAAAACCCAAGAGCUAAUGAGUGAAGCAGAAGCACUGCAGCUGUUUAAAAGAAACCAUGGAAAACUUCCUGCCCAAGAGCAUGUUCAGACUACCAGCAGCUCCAUGUUCCUGAAGUCGCUCCUUGACGGAAGGAAGUAA